AAAUUUAUACUGAAAACGGUCCAACCCCGGGCCGUCGUAACUCCAACGCAACCAUCCAUCCCUCCCUCCGCUCUCUCCGAGAGAGAGCCGCAAGAAACCUCGUGGGCUAUCGGGAGUUGGGGUUAGGGUUCCGGCGAGCCGCCGCCGACCGAGAUGCCGAAGAACAAGGGGAAGGGAGGCAAGAACCGGAAGCGGGGGAAGAACGAGGCCGACGACGAGAAGCGGGAGCUGAUCUUUAAGGAGGACGGCCAGGAGUACGCCCAGGUCCUCCGGAUGCUCGGAAACGGACGCUGCGAGGCCAUGUGCAUCGACGGCACGAAGCGCCUCUGCCACAUCCGCGGCAAGAUGCACAAAAAGGUCUGGAUCGCCGCCGGCGACAUCGUCCUCGUCGGCCUCCGCGACUACCAGGACGACAAGGCCGACGUCAUCCUCAAGUACAUGCCCGACGAGGCGCGGCUCUUGAAGGCCUAUGGCGAGCUCCCCGAGAACACUCGUCUCAACGAGGGCAUCGCUGGCGGGCUCGAUGAGGAGGACGAGGGCGCUGGCGACGACUACAUCGAGUUUGAGGACGAGGACAUUGACAAGAUCUAAAAUAGAUGGCUCUUCUUCGAUCUUGUCCUUUUUCUCCUUCCGUCCUUCUGUUUCUGUUCUGUGAGAUCUUGUCUUGCUUUUAAUAGGUAAAAGCCUGAGGUAGUAUCAAGAAGAUGACGAUGGUGGUACCGAGUUCGGGUAUGCUUGCUAUGUUGUAAUUCUUGGUUCGGUGUUACUUGUGACAAUGAUCGCUGGAGUUCUUAGGGUUUAUACUUUAUUUUGCUGUCAUCUAAAGUGAAUGAAAUAAUAGCUCUUUAUUAGUAUUAAAAAUUUCACCUUUAUGUGUUUAA